AUGAACUUAUCCCUUCAGGAUCCCUUUGCAGUAGCCAAAGAGUUUCCAGAAACACUAGUUCAAACACUCCAUCAUGGGCAUGCUGUGGUUAUCCAGUUCAACGUCAAGGGAGAUUACCUAGCGGCGGGUAUGAGCGAUGGAAGAGUAAUCAUCUAUGACAUGGUCUCGUAUACCAUUGCAGCAGUGCUACGAAAAGACGGCCAUGUGAGGCAGAUAACGUCCCUCAAUUGGUCAAGCUGCGGGCGCUAUCUUCUUCUGUCCUCUCAGGACUGGUGUUGCAUAAUAUGGGAUCUCAAGUAUGCUAACAAGCUCGGUGUGGAUAAAAACCCAGCAGUGCUUCGGAAAAUACGAUUCGACUCACCCGUUUGGCUGUCUUCGCUACAUCCAAAAAAUCAUUAUCAGUUUACUGCAUCACUUUUUGAAGAUGAGCCAGUUCAUGUCGAUCUUCGAGAUGAGCCUGUGGUGACAAAGCUCAAGACAGAGCCACUCGAGCAACAAGAACUUGACGACGACGAGCCCAAGAAAAAGGAAACAAAACACAUGACACUCGUCACUAGGUUCAGUCCGCAAGGAGAUUUCAUUUUCACUGGCACCAGUAAAGGCUGGCUCAAUAUAAUGAACGCUGAGGAUCUCCAGACGGUCCACCUGACGAAAGUCACCAACAGCAAUAUCAAGACGCUCGAAAUAUCACGGAACGGCAGAAAGCUCGCCGUAAACUCUUCAGACAGAGUCAUCAGGCAGUUCACAUUGCCCGACAUGAUCAACAACCGAGAUGCGUCAACCUGGGAGUUUGAGAUCGAGCACAAGUACCAGGAUGUGGUGAACCGGUUGCAAUGGAACACGGUCGCUUUUAAUCACAAUUCUGAAUUCCUAGUCGCUUCUACAUUUGGCCAGAGCUCACAAGAUUUAUACCUUUGGGAAACACAGAUGGGGUCCUUGGUAAAGAUUCUUGAAGGUAGCCAUGAGGAGCUCAUAGACGUGAAGUGGAACUACAACAAGUGCAUGAUCGGCUCGACCGGACUUGACAGCGGGGCAAUCUAUCUCUGGCUGGUCCAGUUUCCAUCGAAGUGGAGUGCCCUUGCGCCCGAUUUUGUGGAAAUCGAGGAAAAUGAUGAAUACGAGGAGAAGGAAGACGAGUUUGACAUUAUCGAUGAGACUGAGGUGAUCAAGAAAAGACUUGAAGAGGAAGACACGGAAGUUGACAUCAUUACGAGAGAAUCCACCGACGCGCGAGGAUUUGACACAGAAAUCGAAUCGUUUGUCAUACCAAUUAACUACGAGAAGCCGGUUAUAUAA